GCGGCACGGGGGGGCUGCCUGUGAAGCCCUCGCCCCUUGGGGUCGGAUGUGGUGCAGUUAGGAGGCCACAGGCAAAGGCUGUCUGCUAAUUGCUGCCCGAAUGUAAAUGGGAAACGGAACGGCGUUCGUGCAUAGGGAAAUAAUGAGGCUUUUCUGUGAAAAGCUUAGCGCGGCCUCCCGGGGCAGGAGGUGAACGUCAGACAGUGACAUGACUGGCUGCGAAGUCAGGAACCACACAGAGAUGUGUGAUGGAUGUAGGGGAUAGAACUGUAAGUGUCUUUAGCAGCCGUGGUGCAGGUCGAACGUGUGAAGAAGCACUUCAAGAAAGGACCACCUUUUUUUCUGUGCUUUGGAAAUGCUACACGUGUGUCAGGGUCUUUUUGAAACAUACUCAUUUUGAAAUAUGCAGCAUUCAAACUCGAGGACUUUCCCCUGUCUUAUGCAGAGCAGAGAACCAGAGUCAUUUGACAUGUUUGUCAUCUUUGAUGGAGUUUGAAAUAAGCAUCAUCAGACAAGCAGGCUCCACUUAACCAAAACAAUGUUUGCAGAUUUGGACUAUGAUAUUGAGGAAGAUAAGCUGGGCAUCCCCACUGUACCUGGGACAGUGACCCUGAAGAAGGACUCUCAGAACCUGAUUGGGAUCAGCAUUGGGGGAGGAGCACAGUACUGCCCCUGUCUCUACAUUGUCCAGGUGUUUGAUAACACUCCAGCAGCCUUGGAUGGCACCGUAGCAGCCGGCGAUGAAAUCACAGGAGUGAAUGGGAAGUCUGUCAAAGGGAAGACCAAGGUGGAGGUGGCCAAGAUGAUACAGAUGGUAAAGGGAGAAGUGACAAUACACUACAACAAGCUUCAGGCUGACCCAAAGCAGGGCAAGUCUUUGGAUAUCGUAUUGAAGAAGGUAAAGCAUCGACUGGUAGAGAACAUGAGCUCGGGGACAGCAGAUGCCCUGGGGUUAAGCCGAGCAAUACUUUGCAAUGAUGGGCUAGUGAAGAGAUUAGAGGAGCUGGAGAGGACUGCAGAGUUAUACAAAGGCUUGACAGAGCACACCAAGAGUCUUCUCAGGGCUUUCUUUGAGCUAUCUCAGACACAUAGAGCAUUUGGAGAUGUUUUCUCUGUCAUUGGUGUAAGGGAGCCACAACCAGCUGCCAGUGAAGCCUUUGUGAAAUUUGCUGAUGCCCAUCGCAACAUUGAGAAGUUUGGCAUUCACCUUCUGAAAACAAUCAAGCCGAUGCUUACUGAUUUGAAUACAUAUCUGAAUAAAGCCAUUCCUGACACAAGGCUGACUAUCAAAAAAUACCUGGAUGUCAAGUUUGAAUAUCUGUCUUAUUGCCUGAAAGUCAAAGAGAUGGACGAUGAAGAGUACAGCUGCAUUGCUCUGGGUGAACCCCUUUACCGGGUCAGCACUGGGAACUACGAGUACCGCCUUAUCCUGCGUUGCCGUCAGGAGGCUCGCACGCGAUUUGCCAAGAUGAGGAAGGACGUGCUGGAGAAAAUAGAGCUCCUGGACCAGAAACACGUGCAGGACAUCGUGUUCCAGCUCCAGCGUUUUGUCUCCACGAUGUCCAAGUACUAUGACGACUGCUAUGCUGUGCUCCGAGAUGCAGAUGUCUUUCCCAUUGAGGUGGACCUUGCCCGCACAACUCUCAGCUAUGGGCAAAAGGACACAUACACAGAUGGGGCAGAAGAAGAAGGAGAAAGUGAGAGAGAGGGUAGUGGGAAGGAAGAUGCAAAUGGAGAAAAGCUUGUUGAUGAUGCCUGAGUGUGCCAGCACGGCCAGAGGAAAGACUUUGCAGACUGUUAUGAAAACAUGUAUUUCACAUGGCGAUUCAUCCUCUGUGAUUUCAGUGUAUGUCCAGCCUGGGAUUCCUCCUUUGCUUUGGGUGAGGGUAGCUGGUUGGAUUGGAACCAACCUCUGCUUUCCUCGCUUUUCCUUUGCUUGUUUGCCUGGAUAUUCUUUUUGCCCCCAGAGACUUCUGCUACCCAACUUGGGUACUGAGGUGUGGGGAGGAAAACCCCCUACCACACUGCCAUGUGGCUCUGGGCAGACAGGACUCCGCUGAGCACAUGGGAAGCACCGCUCCCUUUUGGCACAUGGAAGCCAGCUAAUGGUUUGGAUCUGAUUAUGAACGGUGAGAACAGCCCCCUUCUGUCCUCCCCUUGUGCUCUGGGAAAGUGUUAGCAUCAGCAUUGUUUUAUUCACCCCACCACUCGCUAUCUCCAAGCUCCUUCUAAGGAGCCACCUUAGAACCAUGAUGGAAAUAUCCCAUCCUUAAACUACAGAGGAGAGAUGGAAAGCCUUGAGGAGAGAGGAAGACAUGCACUUCAGACAGAGGCUUUGCGAUUUUUUUAGUUCAGAGCAUUACUAGUGUACCACCCCAUGCUCUCCUCUCUGCACAACCACUUUGUGCUGCCUCUGGACCAGCCAACAGCAGUAGCUAACAUCCCAUUCCCCAGCACAAGGGAAGAAGGAAAAGGAAACCUGAGGUAGGUGAGGCUGCUUGUUUCCUUUUCUCUUCCCCUCCCUCCAUCCCUGUGGGCCAACCCCAGAUGCAGAUGGCACUUUCUCUGUUAGUGGGCAGCACAACUGCCAGGAGUGGUGUGCUUCUCAGGGCAAGGGUUUUGACUUCUCUGUCAUUUCAUUCUAGUGGUCAUGAGAGAAGUUAUUUAAGGGCAUUAAUUUAUGAUUGAGAUGUUUGGUUUGGUUUGGUUUUCUCUUUGAUUUGUUUUUGGAGUUUCUUCAUCUCAGUGGGUGCCUGCAAGAAAGCCAUCUCGUGGUCAAGCUGCUCUGGAAAAUUUAGAUGGACUCCGGUGUACUGACUGUUGUCUCUAAUAAAGAAAAAUGUGACAUUCCA